AUGCGCAAACACUCGUUAAACUGUUACUAGUGCAAGCAGCCAUGUGAUUGUUGGUAUUUUGUUGAUAGGCAACGUUUAGAUUAUCGCAAAUAAUUGUCGUUUUACUAUUCUUACGCAAUCAUAAAAGCGAAAAGAUGGACAAAAUGUCGGCGGAGGAGGUAAAUAUCCAUGCACAGGUGGAGUCUGUGCUGGGUGCGCUCGUCAAAGUGGCUACGGUGGAGUUGACCAAACUGUUCGAGAGCAGAUACCGAGCUUCGACUGCUACCGUGGAAGUGGGCAAUGCUGGCACAGGCAAGGUGAACGAGUCCCGGGAUACUUUGUCUUCUGAAGAGCGAACGCGCAGCAUCGGAGUGCAAGUGGACGAGGACAUGCAGCCGCUGCUCGAGCUGUUGGAUAGCGAUAGUCUCCAAGAAUGCGGAAAAGAGUGUGGAGAUAAUCCACAAGUCAAGGCAGAAGCUGUGAAUGAAGCGGAGUUCAGCAUCCUGGAAACAGACUGUGGGCCACAGAUGGACGCUACUUUGGAUGAUCAAAAAUGUGGGCUUAGACAAAGCCCAAAAGCUCAGAAUCUACCUGCGGUUCAACCCCACUCUGACGAAGUCUCGUUUAUUUGUCCACUAACCCUGAAGCCCGAGUCUCGCGUGCCUCAGCCCGACAGCUCUGAGAUGCCCGUUAAGCCGGAGCCUCUUCAAGCCUGCGCCAGCACGGCCAAGGGUUGCGCUUACAGCCCGUCCCUCAGCGACGGAGCCGUGACUGCAGUGCCGGUUGGCCUUUGGGAACACGUGACCGCGCCAAAGGACAUGGAGAACCUCCUCCAGAUGAAGCUGAAACUCACCUCGUCGGACCAAAAGCUGAAGAGUACAUGUGCGGUGCUACUUGUCGACGUGCUGAGUGCAGCGAAGAUUCAGAAGAGCGGCGGCGACGGUGAGAAGCAGCCCGUGCCGAAAGAUUUGCGACAGCACCAAGGCGUGCACACGGGCCACCGCCUCUGCUGCUUCACGCCGUGCGAACGAGGCGUCUGGCGACUCCAGAAGGUUAUGGGCCACUCUCGCGACGGCUACGCCUGCAGCGCUUGCGGCAAUACCUUCAAGCGGCGCAAAAUACUUCGGCGCCACGAGCGCUUCCACACGGGGGAAAAGCCGUACUCGUGCUCCAAGUGUUCCAAGACGUUUGCGCUCAAGAAGAGCCUCCGUCGCCAUGUGAGAUUCCACACAGGAGAGAGACCGCACAAAUGCACGCACUGUGAUAAAAGCUUCCGCCUGCGAGUCAAUCUGAAAACGCACUUGAGAUUUCACACCGGGGAGAAGCCGUACCAGUGCAACUUGUGUGGAAAGAUGUUCAGGGUCCUGGGGAAUCUUGACAGACACAAACUCAACCCCUGUGGAUUCUUUGUGUAGUCAUUACGGACCAUGGCUGGCUUCUAGCAGAGGUGAAGUGAAGUGUGGUCAUUACCUGAGCCCAGAACAACUGUGAAGUCAUUCAUUUUCCACAAAUGCAAAAUCAGACUAUUUUUAGAUUAGUGGGGCCGCAGAGAUCAUAUUCCUGUGGGAAGUUUCCUUUUAUACGGAAUCGAAAUUUUGCAUUCUAAUGAGUUGUUUUUUUACGGUUUUACAGAACUCUACGUGAAAGGGGCUAUUAACAAAUGCUCGCUUCGUCCUCUACGUCAGACAGCAAACACUAAGAAGGUUCCGUUGAAAGGUUACAGGGCUUUCUUUUCUUUUUAAACAAACACUAGCUUUGUGAAGAAUGAAAUUUUUGUCAACAUUUAUAGCUUUUGAAAUCCUGAGUAGGGCACAUGGUCUUUGUAGAAUUCAUUUUUAUAGUCUGUUUUUGUACUUUAAGAACCUUUUGUUUUAUUUUGUCCUUGAUACGUGCAAGGCUGCUUGUCUUUAUGAUACUUGAAAUGCCCUUUGCGUUUUAUAUUUACGUCAUCAUUAUGGAACACAUGUAUGGUUGAAGAAUUAUUACGCAGAAAUACUACUAUUUGUCUUUUAUCUUCUGUAAGUAGCAUAAGGCUAAAGAUUGAAAUAAAAAAAAUCUUUUCAUAUUUUUUAUAUCCUCAUCCUCCUUUAUUAUGUCUGUAUAGUAAUAUACUAAUUGGCACCGAA